AUAAUAUUUUGCGCAUGUGACGUUUUGUUUUGACGCAAGGUGUCAAGUUUUGAGGGGUUUAGGUGCGGCAUGUAAACAGAGUAGACUGUGUUGUGCCUGUGUUGUUAUGUAAUAUUUAUGAAAAUGAUUACAUAGUUCUCAAGAAGAGAUACACAAGCAAUUGAUGACUGUUGAUUCAUGGAUUGAAGAACGCGACGAUAAUGACACCAAGUCAUGAUAACUGGAUUAGAAAAUUUAUUGUAUCUGAUCCGAGAAAACAUAAAAAAGGUUUCACCGUUUACAAAGUAACGUCAAUAGUAUAUGCAGAGUCAUCUACUGAGGCAUUGGCAAAGACAGUUGUAUGGAAGAGAUACAAUGACUUCAAGAAACUUCAUAACCAACUGCAGAUAAAACAUAAAAAGCUGUAUCUGAAGGACACUUUUCCACCAUUUGUGAAAGCAAAAUUUUUUGGACGGUUUGAAGAUGAUGUCAUUGAGGAAAGGAGGAAGUGUGCAGAGUCAUUAUUGGAGUUUGCAUCUCAUCACUCUGCGUUAUAUAAAUGCAGUGCUUUUGUUAAAUUUUUUGAGUCUGGUUACACAGUCACAGAAAAUAUAGUGGAGGAAGCUCCUAUUGUUUUAGUUACAGGAACUGAUGAAAUAACAAAUAAUACUCCAUCAUUGUUGGACUCAUUGGGCAGCAGAAUGCCACAGGAAAGUAUUGCACCAAGGACUGAUGCAGAGGGUCCUUAUCUGAAGCUAGAAGGUACUUGGAAAUUUCCGCAAGUCCCUGAUUCAAUAUCAUGGAGUUCACAUAGUUCAGAUGAAAGGACUACUUUUACAGAUACUGAUUCUGCUAUCAGUGGUGUUAGUACUCCUUUACAGGGUUCAGAUCUUCAGUUUUUUGAUCCUUUGCAGUCUCCGGAAAGAACAAGUAGAGCAGCAUCAUCACAAGUCAGCAAUAGCUGGUUACUUUCAAUGCCAACAUCUUCAGUAACAGAAGAUGACCUCACAUCAAUCAGCAAUGAACAGACCAUCAGGGCAUCUAGUGAUGGAAAUUGUUUGAUACUUGAUGCUAGUAAGCUUACUCUGUAUGAUAGCCAAGCAUUAGAAUCUGUGACAAAAGAAGCUGGGCAUUCUGAGCAAGUAAAUUUUGCUUCAGAACUAAGCAACUGCAACCGGCAGGAUGUAGCUCUGGGUGACAUAUUUGGUACUACUUCUGGUCAGGAAGCUGGCUACAUAUUUGAAGCAGCACAUCACGUAACUCUAGCCCAGCAGCAGGAGGCAAAUGGGAACUAUGAAGCAGCUUUUACUUGCUACAAAACAGGAAUUGCCUGUCUUCUAAAUGGAGUACAAAAUGACUCAGACUCACAACGGAAAAAGUUUGUACGUGACAAAACAGCAAAAUACCUCCUCCAAGCAGAAAAAUUGUAUAAUGAAAACUUAGCACCAAAGUUGAAGGAGUCUUUUCACUGGAAUGAGUCUGAACAUCAGCUGUCAAGACAUUCCUCAGAACUGAAGUCCUACAAAGUCCUUGGAAUUAUCGAUAGAGUGAUGUUGGCUCUAAAUAGACAAGAAAACAAGUGCUAUGUUAUUAAGGUUCUGCACAAGUCACCAUGUCCUGCCGAUCAAAACAGAAAAACAAUUUUUCCACAGAAUGUACCAUACAUGGUAAAAAUGUACCAUUACAUAGAUACAGAGUCUGCUGUAUUCCUUAUACUACAGCAUGCAAGUGGUGGAAGACUUUGGGACCAUAUCAGCUCUUAUUUUGAAUCACUACCCAAUACUCCUAUACACAUUUCAAGCAAAGGCAAUGCUUAUUAUGGUAAAAAUGUCACCCAUAAAGGAAAACAAGAUGGCUAUGAGACAGAAAUUUUGUCGUCACCUGAGGAAGUGAAGGAAGUUGAAGAAACUCCUAAAGGCAAUGACACCUGUUCAGUUUCAAGUCAGGAUAAUAGUUAUCUGGAUCUGAUACGUGAUUAUGAGUCUGCAUCAAAAACAGUAUCUGUCCAUUAUAGAGAUGAUUCUUCUUUUGUUGGAAAGGAUUUAAAGAACCUUGAUGAAUUGCUUGGUGGAACUGAAGCUAAUAUGACUGAUGCCAAUGGUAAUUCCAUCAAGUGUCCUGUUCCAAGUGUAAGUGUAAAAAAUGGGUCAGAAAGACAAUUUCCAAGCUAUGGCGAAACAGGGGAGACUUAUGGAGGUGUGGACAUAAAAGCUGCAAGUGAGCAGUUACAUGACCAGCCAUCUUCUAAUUCAGAUCCUGCAGUGGAUGCAUUCUCCUUUUCAUGGAAGAAUUUAGAGAGAUUAGAGACUUAUGAUUUGCUAGAGAAUGCUCAGAAAUUGAUCAGAUCUGUGAAUGAAACACUUCUUGAAAGUGAAGUCGAGCUAAGACACAUUGACAGCCCAGUUUCAGAUUCAAAUGGCAUUUCUACAUCACUCUGUGAGAAAAGGAGCACAAACUCAAAUACACAUGCAGAAAAUUGGAAUAAUGAAGUAAAGAGUACUAGCCAACCAAAUGACACUGUUGACAGAGUUGUCUGCAGCAAGACAGACAAAAAAACAUCAAAGAAUGUGAUUCGAGGGAAGUCUUCAGAACCAGCUGGUAGAACAAGAGAGACUCGGACCUCAACCAAUAGACGACGGUCUGUUAAUAGUCGAUCAGAACGAAGAUUUAGUACUGAUGAUAUGUGUGAAGGGCGUGCAAGGACCAUGUCUGGUAGUCUGGAUCGAGGUCAUCAAUGGUCGAGAUUUCUUUCAAUGAAUGAUUGCCAUAGACCAUUGCUGCCAGAAGCUACAGUUCGUGAGUGGGCUGCGCAGUUAGUUCUUUGCUUGGAAUCAUUGCAUCAGUGGGGAAUUAUCUGCAGGGAUUUGCAUCCAGAUAACAUUCUGUUGGGAGAAAGAGGCUCUCUAUUGGUAUCAUAUAUGUGCCAGUUGGGAACAGUUGAUUCUGUUAUUAAUGAAGAAGCUGUGAACUCCUUGUACUGUGCACCUGAAAUAAAAUCCAUAUUUCCAGUGACACCAGCUGCUGAUUGGUGGAGCUUCGGUGCUAUCCUCUUCGACUUACUGACAGGAAAGGCACUAGCUUCUUGUCAUCCAGCAGGAAUUCAGAGUCACACAGUCUUAAAUGUUCCAGAUUAUGUUUCAAAGGAAGCAGUAGAAAUUCUAACAGAGCUUCUGAGGUAUGAUCCUGAAGAAAGACUUGGUUCUGGCAUUAAUGGAAUUGAAAAACUGAAGUCACAUCCUUUCUUCAAAGGUAUAGACUGGAAAGCUAUGCUAGUCAAGAGUUCAUGAACUAGAUAUAUAUCCUAUUUAAUGUGAGCUAUGUUUGUCAAGCUUUUAAUUCAGACGUGUUCAGCAAGAUUAAACAUGUUAUACAGAAAAGAUUAUCUGUACACUUGCAUAAUAAUGCUUUUAAAGCUGGAGAAAUCAAUCAUAAGAUAUUCUGUAAGCUUUUUUGCUUAUUUUGUGACUGAAAAACACAUUUAAAAUAUGUCUCCCAUGAUUACUGAUCUGAAACGAAUUGAAGGAGAAAGAUUGUCUCUGGUUUCAUAAAUUGGCUUUAAAAACAUUAUCUGACACACUGACUUAGAAUCCUUUUCCAUUGUUGCUGUACAGUAAUGUAAAUGUAUAGAAUACAUAAUGGCCAGCCAGGAGACUAAUGUCAUUAUGUAGACUGUGUUACCAAGGAAAGUGGUUGUCAGUGUAUUUCAAAGUCUUUGCAUCAAACAUCUAGGGACGAUAGAUUGUGUCAAAAGAAGAACUUCUGUUAGAUACAAAAUGUUCACUGACAAUUUCCAGCAAUGUUAGGUUUCCUAAAAAGUUGUUCCCCAUGAUACAAUCUAAAAAGUUGUUCCCCAUGAUACAAUCUAUCACCUCUGAUUGUUUGACGUAAAUACUGUGUGUGUGUGUGUGUGUGUGUGUGUGUGUGUGUGUGUGUGUGUGUGUGUGUCUUUGUAAGAAAAGUGUGCAAUUGUUGCUUUAAGUUUCAAAUACUGCAGAUCACUAUGUAUCUCACGAACUUGAUUAGUAAAACAUCUGUUCAAGAUUCUAGUUUCUAGAUGACAGAGAAAAGAACUUCCUGAUGUGUAUUUAUGUGUAGUUGAAAGUUAUUCUGUGCGUGUCUUACUUGAAGAAUAUUAUGCUUGUGAUGCAUGCAGACAGUGGAGUUUGGUGCAGAUAUUGUGAUGUGGUUAUAUAUGAUAAUAUUGUGACAUAUAUACCCAGCCCCAAAAUUUUGCAUAAUGCUGACCAUCAUCUUUUAUGUCACAGUAAUUGAAAGGGCACCAAACAGAAUGGACUGAUAAAAAGGCUGACUAUAUGAGAGUACAAGGAAAACAAAGAUGGUGCCUCCCUGCGACACUUACACCAGCACCAUUUAAAAUUUCACUUAUGUAACACAUUAUUUGUGGUACUACAACUGGAAUAAUUUGCUGUUAGGCCAUAGAACAGUAUGGGAAGGUGAGAAUGACAUAAUUUGUCUCUAAACUUACACAGAAUUAAUUGAAAUGCAAUAAUGAAAGCAUUAUUUGGAAAUUGGUUUUUGAUGUAUAUUGGAGUGUGCAGUUUACAGCAGACAAUUAUAUUGUGAUAGCUUUAAAUGCUUAAUGAUGAAAAUAGCGGUGCAUAAUGUGCAUGCUUUAUUGUAUGAAUGUGCACUCAGAACAAUAAGCAGUGGUUUUGAGCUUAUUUGGUGUAACCCAGUUCUGGAUUUUUUUGUACAUUUACAGCUCGGCACAACACAGACUUGUCAAUAAAACUAUUCUGUAAAUUUAGUUUGCGGCAAAUUACUCAGUGGUGCUUAAGACAGCAGAGAGCUCAGAUUAACAUCUCCAAAGUUUUUUAUGAAUACUAGGGUUUUCAGGUGACAGUCUUGGUAACUUUUUCCAAAUGAUGUGCCAACAGUGGCUAUUACAUGGCUCUAUCAUGUGGCAGUCUGUUAAGAGUACACAAUGUACAUUGCUUUAGUAAGUCUGUACAAAAGCUAGCCUUCAGGAACAGAAUGAUAGAAUUAUAAGCUAGUAUGCUUUGCUCAUUAUUUUUAAAGUUGUGAUGCGUGCAGUACAAAAUUUGGUCACAUUAAUAUAUAUGUAAAUAACAGAUUUGUGAUCAUAGUUUGAAAGUUGUCAUAUAGUAUUAUAUUUGAAGAUAUCUGCUUGUAGAUAAAACUAUAAUCAUCUGAUAUCUAUUGUACCUGACUCAAAAUUUGUGAUAGUUCCUGUAUUUCUUUCUUAGUAAUUACUCUUUCCUGUUCUGUCAUUGUUAAUGCAUAUUACUCAUAUGUUUCAAAAAUAUAUAUUUUACAAUAAUUGUGAAUUGUGUCUUUCAGCCACAAUUUGUUCAACAUUCCAUUACUCAGACUGAGCUAUAUUGAUAUUUGUACAGAACGUGUUUAAUACAAAACUUCAAUGAUCCGGUAUUUUGGUAGUUGGAAUGAAAGACUAGAGAUAUCGUAUGUGUUGCUCAUAAAAAUAAAAGAUUCUGACAUGCCACUUUCAAAUCAGAUUAUUAAUAAAAUGUAUGAAUAAUGUUCUGUACUUUUUUUUCUUUCUUGGAGAUGACAAGAGUGUAAAAUGAGAAUAUAUAUAGUUCAUGUAAUAAACCUGUAACUUUUAUGUAUGAGAAUACAUUGCUGUUUGUUGACUGAACAGUUAAUUAGUUUGAUUACUCUUCAUUGUACUUCUGAGCAAACAUUCAUCUGUUUCAUUUUAAACUUGUUAAAUAAUUGUUUAGCUCUUUUAUAUAUUGACAGCAGUAGAGGAGAGACCAAAUUCAAAGCUUUAUCUAUGAAAUAAAAGAAAGUUUACUAUGUGUGAUAUUGAAUACUCAGUAAUAAAUAGUACUUGUGGAAUUUAUAAGAGUAAAUAAGUAAUUUCUAUUUAACAUUAUUUAGUUGUGUAGUUGAUGGUGGGCAGUGUUGCAGCUUCAUUUAUCUGUCUUCAUGUAGUUUAUUCUGAACAGUAUUACAGUGUGUUCUUUUUUAGCACAAUGUGUGCACUUCAGUGAUUAUUUAUUCCAUUCAAAAAGUGCUUAUAAUCAAUGGCCUCAUGAUGAAGUUAUAUUUACACUGGUUAACCCCUUAGGUGUGAAUUCCCAACCACCCUUGUAGUGUGAUUUUUACUGCAUGUAUUUGAAGGUGCUAUGUACAAUGCACACUACAAACACUAUAUCAGCUAAACUACACAAGAAAGCAUUCUGAGAAAGAUAGUACACACAGUACUAUAAAAAUGAAACGGACAAAUUUCUUCAGUUACAAACAGUGUAGCAUGGCUUUAAAAAUAACAUUUCAAAGUGUGUGUGUAUGUGUGUAUGUGUGUGUGUGUGUGUGUGUGUGUGUGUGUGUGUGUGUGUGUGUGUAAAUAAUGGAAUAUAAGUUGGUUUUGUGCAGGAAUCGGUAUUGACUGUUCUGUGCCAUCUUCAGUAAAGCACAAAAUAAAUGCUUACAGAAGAGAAAUAAAUUAACUUUUUCCUAAUCAUGUCAUCGUUUUGUUGUUAUCAGUUCAAACAUUACUAUGCAGGUCUCCAUUUUAUCCUGUCUUGUACUGCAGCCUACAACCAUUUAAACUUGCUUACCUUAUUCAAGCUGUGUUCUUCCUCCACAACUGAUACCUUAUACAUAUCCCAUCAUUACCAAAUUACCUAUUCUUUGUUGGUUCUUGAUGUCUCCUAUUAAGCUGUCCCUUCAUUUAGUAAAGAUGCACUGGGAAGUUACUUUCUACUCACAGCUACAGUACCUCUUCAUUAGUUACACAAUGUACCCAUUAAUCUUUAGACUUUAUCUUUAGCACCACAACUGAGAAGAACUUGUAGUUUCUUCUUUUCUGGGCUGUCUAUCAUUAAUGUUUUAUUUCCAUAUUAAGCUACACUCAAGACAAAUACUUUUUGUGUUUUGAAAUCACUUUGACAACAGAGGAGCCAAACCUGUUGCCUGUAUUUUAACUUUAUAUCAAAAAUUUGUGAAGGUUAUUAUUAAUCUAGAUGUAGCUUGUAAUCUUUCACCUCCCACAUUAAAAAUUUAAACUUUCUUGAUUGUUGCUAAGAAAAUGCCAUUCAACAAAAGUUUUCCCACACAUUAUAAUGAAAGAAAUAAAAAAUAUGUUCAGAAUGUAAUGACAUGUACCAUUUCAUACAUUGAAUGCAUAGCAGAGUAGCAGACAGCACAGCACAUGCUGUCAAACAUGCAUGAAGGGUUAAUUACUGUUAAAUUGUGAUUACUUAACAUUUUAAUGGACUAUGCAAAAUUAAUGAAAUUUAUUAUUGUUUAUUUGGCUGUAGUGGUAGAAUUUAAAAAAAGUUGCAGAGUUGUAAAACUAAUGUAUUACUGUCACUAUCUGCACAUUUAUGAAAAUAAGAUUGCAUAGUGUGUCUGGAAUAUAUUUUUGUAUGUGUUCCAUACAAACUGAAUGUUAAUUUGCUGUUUGAUGCUGUAAAAUGAUUGAUUUUGGACAUGUAAAUCUUUUCAAGGUAAAUAAAAAACACACUGCUGGCAUUAGAGACAGAAAAUCA